CUGGGCUUCAGUUUGCUGGCCUCUGGAAUGGGCAGAUACCAUCAUCAUCAUCUCUCAUUUCACCAUUGAUUUAUUACACGAACUCCAUCGAGAGUCUGAAUUUGUGCACGUCGCUUACACAAUGAUAUGCGGAGGUAAGGUGAUGGAAGAGGCCAGCAGGAGGUUCUUAGAGGUGCUAUUUCUGCGGCUGUCAGGCUUUGUCCCUUACUCUGUUCAGUAACAACGCACAUUUUCUGCCAGAAUCACCAUGAAGCCAGUCCACGAGCGCAACCAGGAGUGCCUCCCUCCCAAGAAACGGGACCUCCCAGUUAACAACAAUAACACCACCACCAACAACUAUAGCAGCAGUAACAUCAGCAGCGGGGCAGGAGGCAGUACCAUUGGGAGUGGUGGAGGAGAUGAGGCCAUGUCUUCACAAAGCUCUGGAACGAGUGGAGAACCCCAGAGUGGGGGAGGUAGUAGCGAGUGGGUGCGAGCUCAACCUAGUGUGCAUUUUAGUGGAGUCGAGUGUCCAGAAGGUCUGGUGGGGCUGACUGUGGAUCAGUAUAGCAUGCUUUAUAAAGUUACUCUGCCCGCUGGCACCUACUCGCCCACCAGCUUGCACCCCGUUCUUAGCCACAUUUCUCCUGCCUACACCGUUCCCUCCCCAGUGUUACAGCAUGCAAGUGUUCCAUAUCCUACACUUGGCUACACUCAGAUACCCCAUUCCUCCUUGCAGUUUGUCAGUUCUCCAUAUGCGACUGCAGUCCCCUAUGCUGUGCCUCCUGGAUUUGUCCCAAGUCCCUUGAUAUCACAUCAGUCAGGCAUUCCGCAGCCACACUCCGUGUCCCACCUGGUUCCAUAUCCAUCAGUCAUUCAGGAAGGAGUGGUUUCAUCCUCCCCACAGCAGCAGGUCUCAAGCCAUGUGUACACCAAAAUAGCAGCACCUGGUGGAGUUCCUCUGGUGCUUCCUUCUGAGCAAGCAGCAGCACAAUCGCAGCUUGGGACUGUAGGGAUACUGCCUGCUUCAGAGCUCAGCCAAAGGGGGGUGCCCGUUUUCUACCAUCCUGCCAUGAGGGGCAUCCAACCUCAAAGAGACAUGCACAGCAGCUCCCUGGAGCAGGAAAGGGAGGUGAAUGGAGGAGACAGAGAUCCCCAUCAGGAUGCAGUAUUUUCAGCCAGAAAUUCACGGCUGCUCCAGGUGGCUGCGGGAGUUGCUGCACUGGAGCCCCAGCAAGACAAAAUCUAUAAAGAACGCAGACAGGAUGGUAGAGUCUCACCUGGCCAGCGCAGCACACCGGACACAGAUCUUGAGGUUCAGCAAGUGGUUGGACGGCUGACCUCUCCAGUUCAUGGGAUGAGUCGCAAGGAAGCAGCACACAAUCCCCUGAAUCUGUCUCAGAGCUCUCAGAGGAGUAGAGAAUCUCAGGGUGAAGUCAGAUCAGCAUACGCAUUACAUCCUGCUGAAUCCAGAACUCAACACCAGCAGAUAGUUCAAUCAGGCCAUGCUGUGAUCUUGGCCAAUGGGCAGCCUGUUCUUGUGCCCUUGGACUACCAUCCCCACCACCACCAACAACAACAACAUCAGCAGCAGCACUACUCAAGUCAAUCAAAUGAUGUGGCUGCCGCAGCCCUUGUUGCUUCUCCUUCAACUUAUACAAAAGCCGUUGAUGCUUCUGCAGCAGUGUCUCUCCCAGAGCGGGCAGUGGUGGAGCUGACUACUCAACAAUGUCAGGAACCCUCCCAACAGCUUCUUGCCCCAGCCUCUGGAGGUCCUCCUCAAGCUCCUAUUCUUGCUCCCUCAGGCCCAUCGCACUUCAUGAAGGGGGCCAUAAUCCAACUGGCAACCGGAGAGCUCAAGCGUGUGGAAGAUCUGCAGACUCAGGACUUUGUGCGCAGCGCUGAAGUAAGCGGUGGGCUGAAGAUUGACUCAAGCAUGGUAGUGGACAUCCACGCUAGUCAACAGCGGCCCGGUUUAGUGGCUCUGCAUUUCAAUGUAGGGGAGCAACAGAGCAAAGUGACUAUAGACGUACCCCCUGAACACCCGUUUUUCGUUUUCGGACAGGGCUGGUCGUCUUGUAGCCCUGAACAGACUGCCCAACUGUAUGGUCUCACUUGCCACCAUCUUCAAGUAGGCGAUGUUUGCGUGUCGGUCACACUUGCACAGCAAGCUGCGCCUCAGCAGAAACCAUCGCAACAGCAACAUCAACAAGUGCAGGCCAGGACUCCCACCAAAGCCAACUCCACAUCAGGGGCCCCACCUCAGCCCAUGGGCCCCCCUGCUCCCCAGAACACUCGGCCACAUAGCCAACUAAAGAUGGACCGCAUUUACAGAGAGAGGGACCGGGACAAGGAGGAGUCCAUGCAGGUUGGAGGUUUGAGACAUGCCGACGUGCCCCCAAGACCAAACAGGACUUCAGUAGAGCACACUCGGAGCCAGAGCAACUAUUAUUUGCACACUGAGGGUCACGGAGCUGGAGUCUCUUCCAUGGAGGCAUCCCAGAGGCGCUGGUCUGCCCCUGGCUUCCAAAGAUACAGCAUCAAAAAUGAGGAGGGGAAUCUAGCCUCAGUUGCCACCUCUGGCCCCUCACGGCCCUCCUUUAUCCCUCAGGAGGUCAAGUUGUCCAUUGAGGGGCGCUCUAAUGCCGGGAAGUAGCAGCCGCUAUAGCAGCAAACACAAAAGCAAGAGAUUGUCAAUGGGAGCAAUGUGUCAGAGUCGGUUGAAAAGGAUGCAAAAGAGGGAGUGUGGAGAGCAAGAGAGAAUAUAGCCUCAGAUUGUUUGAGAUUUUGCACAUAUUGGAAGUUUUCUCCUGCCGCUCCACCCUUCUACACUUUUCUUUGCAUAGUUUUGGUCUUAAAGGGAUGGUUACCCAAAAAGGUUUGCAUAUCAUCCUUUAUUUUGUUCCAUGACCCAACUUGAAUGACUUAUUUCUUCCAUGGAACACAAAAGAUUUCAUUUUGGGUCUACAGAACAAAUAAAGUUUUACUGGUUUGGAUUGACUGAGGGUGAGUAAAUUAUGACCUAAUUUUUUUUUUUGGGUUAACUAACUCUUUAAGCCAAGAACUUUAUCAUGUUUUUUUUUUUUUUUUUUGUGCCAGGUCAUACUAAGCAUCUGCAAUGAUCUGCAUGGGCAGCUUUAUCUGGUAAAUCACAUACCAAAGCCUGCAUCGUCUGUGUGUUCCUGUGGAUGAAAUAUCAUGUUCUGCAAUGAUCACUUCUGCAAAGAUAUCUUACAAAUCUUUGAAUAGAUGU